AUGAAGCUCACACCAGAAUUGAUAUCGCGGAGUCAAUCCUCGAUCAACGCACUGCAAGAUCGCGAGCUCGAUCUGCGCGGGCUCAAGAUCCCUGCCAUCGAGAACCUCGGUGUGACGCGAGACCAGAACGAUGCCAUCGACCUUACGGACAAUGACAUUCGAUUCCUCGGCAACUUUCCGCUCCUGCAGCAGCUCAAGCAUUUGCAACUGGGCAACAACUUGAUAUCGCGCAUCGACGCACGUCUCGCCUCGUCCCUUCCAGCGCUGCGCUCACUCACGCUUACCAACAAUGCCAUUGCCGAUCUGGCCGAACUGGCGCAUCUGGCAAAGUGCAGGCGGCUAGAGUAUCUGUGUCUGAUGGGCAACCCGGCGAGUCGCGAAAAGCACUACCGCGAGCUUGUCAUCUGGAAGCUACCCCAGGUGCGCGUGCUCGACUACCAACGCAUCACCAACCGCGAGCGCCAACUAGCAAGCGACCUUAUGCAGACCGAAGAUGGUCAGCCCUCCGAAUUGGCAGCAGGCAUCAUGCGCCAAAGCGGCGCAAUGGACAUCGAUGCACCCGGCGUCGCAAAGGGCCGCACGUUCGAACCAGGUCGCUUGAACGGAUCGUCAAGAAGACUGUUGACGCAGGAAGAGAGACAGGCCAUCGAAGAGGCCAUCGAAAACAGCGAGAGCUUGGAAGAGAUUCGCCGCCUCGAAGAGCAGCUCAAGAUGGGUUCGUUUGCCGGCUAG